UGAAAGAUGUCGAAAGCUGCAGUCGAGCGCAGCAGUCUUGUAGCCGUAGGGCACAGGAAAAUGACCAGGAGUAAAACAGACCUACCAAGAAAAAGUUAUUAUUUCGCUGAAAUUAGAAAAAUCAACACCAGUAAAGCAAAUAGAUACAGAAAAGCUUUUAUCUACAUUGGCAGCCAGAUAGACAGGUGGAAGAAGGCCAUGGAGCUUUGGGAGAUUCCACGCAAUUCGGAUUUUGCCAAAUUUCUUCUGGAUCGGCUAGAUAUUGAAAACAGGACCAAGCUGCUGGAACAACAAGAAGAACAGUCAGCACACCAGAGCCAACAACUGAAAAACAAUAUCACUGAUCAAGGGCUGGUAAAGGAAGAAAUGGAAGAUGGAUGUGCAUUCACUGCCAAUGUGGAGAACCAGUAUGUGUCACAAGAUGGCCCAGGAACCCAGUUGAAGAUAGAUAACAUGGAUGUAUAUGAUCCUGGGGAGAGUGCUGAGUCAUUGUGUCAAGCUGGUCUGACUUCUGGUGACUGUCUCCAUCCUGUGACCCAGUCUCCCAUCAGCUAUGACAAUAUUCAGCAUGAACACAUUGAUGUAGAACAGCAGAAUAUCAUCAAGAAAAUGAUUCAGCAGACAAACUCUCUUCCUGUUCCCAGCUUGUUUAUAAAGCAGAUAGGGAGAAAAAAAGACACUAUGAAUAUACCCUCUCCACUUUCCCAAUUGAACUGGAAAUCAAAUUACAGCCGAAUGGGGAAAAAGAAGACUAUUUAUAAGUGUCAUCAGUGUGGCAAGAGAUAUAAGGACAAGACCUGUUUUUUGAAGCAUGAAAGAAGACAUGCUGCAGGUGAAAUGACCUUUAUUCCGUGUGAUCACUGUGAUAAAAAGUUUAAAUCACAGGAGAGCUAUCAGCGUCACCAGAGGUCGCUUCCAGGUGUUAAGCCAUACCAGUGCCAUUUCUGUGAGGAGAAAUUCCAACGAAAGAAGGAUUGCUACAAUCAUGAAAUUAGCCAGCAUGGUCCCAAGCCUUAUAAAUGUUCAAUCUGCCCUAUGGCUUUUGGCUGUAAUUCAGCUCUGAUUGUCCAUGUGCGAUACCACACUGGGGAGAGACCCUAUGCCUGCCAGUAUUGUGGGAAAAGGUUCUACAACAGGUGCCACCGUAGGGACCAUGAGCUGAUCCACAAAUUUGAAGAAAAUCCGGACUGUGCCAUAUUUCCAUGCCAGUCUUGUGGGAAGGUCUUCAGAAGGAAGAGAAAUUUGAAAACACAUGAGAAGAUCCAUGCUGCAGUGAAGCCUUACCAGUGUCAGUAUUGUGAGAAGUCCUUCAUCUGUAAGACCAACCUGACCAGUCAUGAAAAAUUACAUGUAGGUGAAAAAACAUGUAAGUGCCAAUACUGUGAAAAAGCUUAUGUAGACAUCCAUUCUCUUAGAAGACAUGAAAAGCUUCACUUAAGGGAAAGAUCCUUUCAGUGUCAGUUUUGUAGUAAAAUGUUUCUUGCCAAAAAAGAUGUUGAUAGACAUGAAAUGAUUCACACAGGUGAGAAACCUUUUCAGUGCCAAUACUGUGAGAAGGUGUUUUCUCAGAAAGGGAAUUGUAUCAGCCAUGAAAGAACUCACACUGGUGAAAAACCAUAUAAAUGUCAAUACUGCUACCAGGCAUUUACCCAUAAUGUUAGCCUUUUGUCCCAUAUCAAGUCACAUCACAGGAAAGUAAUAUAAAUUGGACAGUUUGAUUUUGAUAUGGUCCAUAUUUAUCCAGCAAAGAAGUAAUUUGGUUUUUAGGUGUUGUUGAAAUAUCCUAAUACUGGUAUGUCUACACUGUUGUAUAAAAUUUGUACACAAUGUCAGCUUUUUUAUGUACAGACACAGAUAUGUCUGUACAUAUAGCCAUCACCUGUGUCUGUUGUUGCCAUCACCGUGUACUUUUACUGAUAACAAGAUAAUUGGAAAACCAUUUUACCUUUUGGCUUGAAAC